AUGUCGCACUAUUCACCCAUGGAGACUGCGGACCUGAGGACCAUGAGCGUGUCUUCUGUUGCAAAUGCCGACUUCGAAGCCAAAUCGAGGUCUCGUACUCGUCGUUUGCAGAAAACGUUAUCAAGUUCUUCUCUCCCUAACUUGUUGUUAUGGGCAAUUCUAGGAACUGUGCUCUUUGCCGUCACUGCUUGGAUCUCCCAAGCUAAACUCUCCACCAGUCGAACUCUUACGCUCCUUCGAGCCUCCCAAAGUCUCUUAUCGGCCUGUUCUGCGCUGGCACUCGCAAACGUGUUCGAGCUGGUUCAAUGGGCCUUUGCAGGGAGGGAUGGCGGACUAAAUUUCCUGAGCCUUCUUGGGUUGACUCCGACCACGGGGUUCUUGGGAUCUGCAAAAGUCAUCUUCGCGAAGACCGCUACAUUUACUGAUAGGCUUUGGCCUUUGUUAAAGAUCUCACUUGCUUGCGCCGUUUGGUUAUCCGGGGUCCUCCUCUUUGCAAACACCUCACUGAUGACCGGUUAUGAUUCUGUGUAUACGUAUAAUGCGACCGCCGGUGUUGGCCAGUUCAACGGCUCGUUUGUACAGCCCUAUCUACAAAAGCUGCAGAAUCUAUCCCCUCAAUACCCAUAUCGUGUCGUGCCAUAUACAGCACUGUCCAUGCUCUAUGACUUUGUCGUCAAUCCGAUGCAUUCGGUAGUUGGCGACCCCAUUGCCUGUCAUGACAAAGACUGCGAUUCAUAUUUGCUCACUGGAGGGCUCAUCAUGACAACUCCAUGGCCACCUUUGAGUCACCCCUCGGAGUCUGUCAUUAAAAUAUACGACGUGCCUUCAACCCAAAUUGAAUUCAAGCGUCGUAUAUCUGAGAGAGAUAUCUUCAUGGAUAAGGAUUGCAUGGUUUUUGGUGACGACCAGACACUGAUCGGGCUGAGAUUUUGUUUAGCAAAUAACCCGAAAGCCAACGGAUCAAUUACGGCCGGCUUAUAUGUGUGUCCAAACGGCACCCAAGCGGGUAAAUGUGAGGGCACAGGUAUUUUUCCAAAUCUCACGACGACAUUUUCUGUUUACAGUCGCAAAGCGAAUGUUGUCGCAUCCCGGUCAAAUUAUAGCGUUGUCGCGAUCUCAGAGAUUGGGGAGCCCACCAAAAACACCGAUAUUGAUCUUGUCGGCUUUAAAGAGGCUAUAACCUGGCUCCUAGACUAUAAAGCCGCCCAAAUUCCUGCUACGUCUUCAAUCGCAGAACAUUUCUGGAGCGGUCAAGACCAGCUCAGCAACAAGUAUUGGUCCAGAGAGCUAUAUCAGACGUUUCAGAGUAUUCUUGCGUUUCCACUCUGGAAAUUCAAUCCCAACAACUUUGGCAAUGUGGAGCUGUCGGCGCAAGAAAUCACUACAUCGCUCCCUCCAGAAUUUCACACAAAGGCAGCGAUUGCUACGCCGUAUACGAGGAUAGUUCUCAACAAGUCGAUGUUUAUCCUUUUCCUCCUGUUACAUAUUCUGGUGCUUACGUUCGUCUGGGCAAUGCUCUUAUGGUUGGUGAUUACUCGGCCAGAUUUGCCAAAAAUUUCAUCCUACCCCCUUUUCGAUUUUGCGUUUAAGACAAGGUACACAAUGCCAUCCGAUCCUCCGCCUCGGCACCAGAAGUCAGAAAAUCCUCCGAAACAUAUAGUGAGAAUUGGCGAUAAGGAAAUACUUUCGGAUCUAAGUCAGCUAGAAGUAUUUUUGCGUGGGAGGGGAGCUGGGUUAGAUUCGCGGCAGACGCCUGAAACUCUCUACAGUGUGCUUUUCAACCUACCAGCACAAGCACAGAUUCUGACGGAUAGUUCCCAUGAGGCCCUUGUAUCAGAAGCUGGAGAGGACGAGAGGAAGAAGUUUCUUUCCCAGGCUCACCCGGCAAAUAUUUCCUAA